AUGGUUGUUUUAGAACCAGUAAAGGCCGCCAUUGUACAGUGUCUCAACCUUUACAAUUAUGCCGAUGCUGCUUUUCUAUCAGAAAGACUUUAUGCCGAAGUGGCCAAUGCUGAAGCCUUAUAUUUGUUAGGAUCCUGUUAUUAUCAUAUGAAGAAGCCAUGGAAAGUUUACAUGUUAUUAUCAAGUCAUAGAUCCAAGUCCCCAGACUGUCGAUAUCUCUUUGCCAAAAGUUGUUUUGAUCUUGAAAAAUAUAGUGAAGCAGAACUUGCGAUAUUAGAAACAAAUUUUGAUUUUGGAACGAGGAAUUUAGACAUGGUCAUUACAGAUUUUGGAGAGAAUGCCAGUUUUGCUCUCAGCUUGUUAGGACAUAUUUAUCAUAAAACUGAAAGGAAAUCUCAAGCCAUUGAAUGUUUUCAGGCCAGUUUGAAACUCAAUCCAUUUCUCUGGUCGUCUUUUGAAAUGCUCUGUGAAUUAGGAGACUUAACAGAUCCGAAGCAAAUUUUCAAAGUGACCAGCCAGAACUUUGCAUCCAUGUGCAAUUCGACCUCUCACAACCUCUCCAAUGCUUCACUCACCGAUCACAUGACAUCUCUGACACAAUUUUCUGCCAUUAAAUUAGAAGACACGUUCUCAACUUCUCAAAAAGACAUCUUCAGCCACACAAACAUAGCCACUCCUGACAACACACAGAGUAACAUAACACCAGAUCCUGACUACUCCCUACUUGCUCUUCCCAGUGCUCCCAGAGCCAAAAGAGGGAGCCUCUACAUUCAUCAUAAAGAUGUCAGCACCAAUUUGGUUGGAAUGUCACCCCUCACACCUAGUUUUGGCAUCAUGCCCCUUGAUCUAACACCCAUUCCACUGAGCCAGAACCUCAACACCGUCCUCGCCUCCAUGGCUUCUCCACUCCCCAUCUCACUAAAAAGUUCAGGUCCAAAAAGUUCAACAACUGCUGCGCCGCUGGUGUCAAUGCAUGGAGCCAUCAAACCGCCUGUCUUCAGUCAGUCAGGUAACACCAAUCUUCCUAAAGAUGUCACUUCAAAUACUGCACUGCUGGGAUGUCCCAGCCAUACCAUAGGUUUGAGGAGGAGUUCAAGAUUGUUCAACCACACAAGCAGUUCUGUCAAGGAGAACAAUAAAAACCAGGCCUCUAUAGAAAAUCGAUCGUCGACGAAUCGUGCUGGCAUUGGAGGUAAGAGAACAAAAUCAAAACUAACCUGGACACCUCAGCAGAUGAACGAACGCAACAGGAUUGAGUCUGGUUUGAUUCAGAGCAGUACAGGCAAUGGCAAGUCAUCAUCUGCAACAACACUCUCAACAACUGUAUGCACUGCAACGAAUGCAGCCCAACAGCAACAUGUUGCCGAGAUGCAGCGACAAUCUGCUAAUGGCUUGAUGCUUCUAUUGCAAGAUCUAGCUAGUGCCUACCAAACACUCUCCCAGUACAAGUGUGCACAGGCUAUUGAUAUAUUUGAGAACCUGCCAGGACAGCACAUGAACACUGGCUGGGUCCUCUGUCAGAUUGGUCGCGCUUAUUUUGAACUGUGUGAUUACAAGAAGGCUGAAAAGGUGUAUGCCAAAGUCCGAGAGCUGGAGCCGUAUCGCAUGGAAGGCAUGGAGAUAUACAGCACUGUACUCUGGCACCUGCAGCUUGAAGUUGAUCUCAGCGCUCUGGCUCAGGAUCUCACUGACAUCGACAAGUUGUCUCCUGAGGCUUGGUGUUCCACAGGCAAUUGUUUCAGUCUUCAGAAGGAGCAUGAUGUUGCCAUAAAAUUCUUCCAACGAGCCAUGCAAGUUGACCCAAACUUCACAUAUGCAUACACACUGCUUGGACAUGAGUAUGCAUUAAUUGAGGAACUCGAUAAGGCCAUGGCUGCAUUCGAUAACGCCAUCAGGAUCAAUCCCCGACACUAUAAUGCAUGGUAUGGAAUUGGCAUGGUCUACUACAAGCAAGAAAAAUUUUCACUGGCUGGCCUGUACUUUGAGAAAGCCCUUGCCAUCAAUCCAAGAAGUUCAGCUCUGUUGUGUCAUGUUGGAGUGGUCCAGCAUGCUUUGAAGAAAUCGAAUGCAGCUUUGAGAACAUUGGACUAUGCCAUCAGUAUCGAGCCUAAGAAUCCACUCUGCAAAUUCCACAAGGCAUCUGUACUCUUUGCCAACGAAAGACAUGCUGAGGCCCUGAAAGAAUUAGACGAACUGAAACAGAUUGUGCCGAAAGAAUCAUUAGUUUAUUUUCUUAUUGGAAAGAUACACAGAAAAAUGGGCAAUAUGCAUUUGGCCCUCAUAAACUUUUCCUGGGCCAUGGACCUCGACCCCAAGGGCACUAACAAUCACAUUAAGGAGACGAUAAAUAAGCGCUACAUGAUGGAUGAGGAAGAUUCUAGAACAAGUCCAACGACACCAAACGACAUGGAUGACUCGGUUAUGCAGAGAUCGCUCGAUGCUGCUAUGCCUCGAAUUAAUGAUUACGAAAGUGAUGAAUAUUAA